UUUUUUUUUGUUUUUUUGGUUAGUCUGCUCCUUAUUCAUAUGAUUUGAACUACUUGGGGUUCUUUUUUAUAUGCAUGUCAAAUUUGAUCGAAAGGGUUUCCCUUUUUAGAAGGAGGGAUUGUUUGAUCCUCUUUCUGUGAUGAUCAAGUUUGACGCUUUGUUGUUCGUCUCAUUGAGAAACAUGUGAAGGGUAUUCCUGGAAAUUGCAGAAUUCUUCCAAUAAAUUUAGAUCCUUGUUUUUCAUUUAAUAUAUAGUUUCAUCACAAAUAUGAUCAUGAUUAUGGUUAAUCAUUAUCUUUCUCUGGGCUAAGAAUAUCUGACUUUGGGGUGGAAAGUAUGGUUGGCAAGGAGAGUUUGAGAACUGAGGUCUUGAACUUGAGCUUUGAGAAGCUUAUGAUGGUUGAAUGUGGUGGAAAUAGUGGGAAAGGAGUGAACAUUAAAGCUGGUGUGAUCACGGAGUGGAAGGAUAUUCCAGUUGAGCUUUUGAUGCAAAUUUUGUCACUUGUGGAUGAUCAAACGGUUAUCAUAGCUUCUGAAGUGUGUCGUGGGUGGAGAGAGGCAAUUUGCUUUGGCCUUACUCGGUUAUCACUCUCAUGGUGUAGCAAGAACAUGAAUAACUUGGUCCUAUCCCUUUCUCCUAAAUUCACAAAACUGCAGACUUUAAUCCUUCGUCAAGACAAGCCUCAACUAGAGGACAAUGCUGUUGAAACUAUAGCAAAUUUCUGUCAUGACCUCCAAAUCUUGGACCUCAGCAAAAGUUUCAAGCUUACUGAUCGCUCAUUGUAUGCCGUAGCCCUUGGUUGUCGGGAUCUUACAAAACUGAACAUCAGUGGUUGUUCAGCCUUUAGUGACAAUGCUCUGGCUUACCUGGCCAGUUUUUGUAGAAAGCUGAAAGUUUUGAAUCUCUGUGGAUGUGUUAAAGCUGCAUCUGACACUGCGUUACAGGCAAUUGGGCAUUACUGCAAUCAGUUACAGUUUUUGAACCUUGGGUGGUGUGAAAAUGUCAGUGAUGUUGGAGUGAUGAGUUUAGCAUAUGGCUGCCCUGAUCUUAGAACACUUGACUUAUGUGGUUGUGUCCUUAUAACAGAUGACAGUGUAAUUGUCUUGGCAAACAGAUGUCCUCAUCUGAGGUCCCUUGGGCUGUACUACUGCCAAAGCAUAACAGACAAGGCAAUGUACUCUUUGGCACAAAGCAAAUUGAACAACAGGAUGUGGGGGUCUGUGAAAGGUGGUGGAAAUGAUGAUGAUGGACUAAGAACUCUGAACAUUAGCCAAUGCACAGCACUCACCCCUUCUGCUGUGCAGGCUGUGUGUGACUCAUGCCCUUCCCUCCACACCUGUUCUGGAAGACACUCACUCAUCAUGAGUGGUUGUCUGAACCUGACUUCUGUGCAUUGUGUUUGUGCUGGCCAAGCACACCGUGCUAUCACUCUCCCUCAUGCAGCUCAUUGAGCCAGAGGGGUUGAUGAUGUAUAAAAGGACACUUUGAUGAGGAAGUGCCCUUGAAGGGUUUUAAAGUUUUAGGGGUCUUCUGGAUAAGUUUAUGUUCAAUGCUGCAUCAUGUCAUGUUGGUUGUAGAACAGCUUGAACCUUGGUGCUUGAGUCUCUUUUGGUCUCCGAUUUUCAUGUGAAGGGUUAGGAUAUUUUUGGUGUCAAAAUGUGGUUUAUUCCUAGCUUGGUUAUGAAUUUAUGGUGAGACAUGGACUUUUAUAUAAUGGUAUUAUUUUAUGCCAGGAUGUGUGUUUUCUCUUAUUGGGAGUUAAGAAACCUUGGGUAAGUUGGAUUUUCUUUGGUUAGGAUUUGUCUAGAUAUGAAAUGCAUUUCUUG